GGCAUUCCAUGAGCUAAUGAGCUAACCAGUUAGUUUGUCUGUGAUACAUUUGGGGUCUGGACAGCAUUUGCCUCGUAAAACGACUUUUUUGUAGGUUAUUAGUUUCAAGUGUUGAUGUUUUCCAGGAUUAUAUUUAUAGUCAUUAGCAAGCUAUUAGUUAAUUAGGAAGGGUACUGAAACAUGUCUGCCAUUAGCAUCUCUGAGCUUCAUCCCCACAUUGUUCAGCCUAAAGUGGUUGGCAUCAUCAUAGGAAAAUCUGACACAAGGAGCUUCCCGGACCGAAAAAAUGUUGGUAUGGAGAGAUUCACUUUUGGCUUCACCAUCAAGGACUCUCCUGACUUCUUCAUCAAUGUGACGGCUUGGGGAAAUGAUGGGUACAUCAAUGGGCUCUAUGGGAGUUUCAGCAUCGGAGAUUGUGUCACUAUUGAAAAUCCUUUAGUGGGCACCAAAGACCCAGAAAAAGAUGACAGAUUCUGUCCAACAACACCAACUCCCUACAGGCUGAUGGUGACAGAGGUUCACUCCCAGGUGAAUCUGUGUGCAGACAUGGACACUACAGAUAGCCUGCUGCCUCUGAUCCACCUGCCAGUUAAGGACUCCAGAGAUUUCUACACUCUGGGAGACAUAGUGGCCAACGGACAGAGUCUGGAAGGAUCAUUUAUAAACAUACUUGCUGCUGCGAAAUCAAUUGGGGAGACUAAACUGUUCAGGACAUCCGAUGGACGCCAAGGACAAAGGCUGGAAGUGAAGCUUUUUGAUGAUUUGGUUUCCUCUUUUCCACUCAUCUGUUGGGACAGAGAAGCUAUUCAUCUUAUCCAGACUUCUGUAACCAAAGGGACUGUGCUCUUCCUAGCCGAUACAAAGAUUACCUUUGACAGCUUCCGCAAAGGAAUGAAGGCAUCUGUCAACUCCAAAACGAUUAUCACCGUCAAUCCUGACACCCGGGAGGCCAGUCUGCUUUACAGCCAUGCUAAAGAGAUGGUGGAAUCCGGGGCUCUAGAAAUCGACAAGUCAGAGGAUAUGCCAGUGGAGUCUAUCACUGACGUGUACACGGUUAGUCAACUGAAGGAGAAAUCACAGGAAACUGUUGAGAUAUUCUUUGGCAUCACAUUCAGCUUCAUCUCCAUGCUUGACCUGGACUCUUCCGUUUCAAAAGUCAUCAAGACACGCUGCUCCAGAUGUAAAUUCCAGGCGCCUGAGGGCCUGCAGUGUUGCACUAACCAGUUGUGUCCGGGGAGGGGUCAAGUCUUUUCAGCCAACACAGGCUUUGACCUGCUGGUGGACCUCACAGACCACACGGCUACCCUGCAUGCCUGCAGCCUCAGAAGCCCUGUGGCUGAGAUAACAUUUGGCUGCACUACAGAAGAGUUUACCCGUUUGACCGACGAUGAGCGCACUGCAAUGAAGUGGAAGUUUCUUUUGGAGAGAUGCAAAACAUAUGUGAAGAUCCUACCGUCCACUAAGACAAAGAGUGGGGUCAGAGCGUUUGUCCUGGCCUGCUCACUGGCUGACCCGGGUGAGGCAAAGCAGCACAUGUUGGCGCUACUGCAGCAACCCUGAGCAACACAUUUAUAGUUAUUGUUGACCCUUUUCAUCAGUUAUUACAGUAACUAUUAGUAAACAGUAACAAUGGGUGUUGAGACUUUGUGUUUAAAUGCUUGAAAUGUUCUACUGUAUUUGUUUAUGUUUAUUCAUUGUUUUACAUUUCACCUGUUAAAUUGCCUGUUCAACCUGUUUUACAGUGAAGUUGCAUUCAUUAUUCAUA